CCAACCGGCGGGAAUCACAAUUUCAGGGCUCCGACCAAAGUCUCAGAGGGCAGACAUGGCUGAGUCUCUGUCGGGUCCGAAUGUUUUCAGCUUAAGGAUCGUUUCGAUCGACUAUUACAUGGCUGCUCCCAUCCCUGCCUAUGAUCUUUGCUACAGCAGCUUCCAAGGUGGCGAAGUGAAGGAAGUCCCUGUCAUAAGGGUUUAUGGUUCCACACCUUCUGGUCAGAAGACUUGCCUGCACAUUCAUCGUGCAUUACCAUAUCUCUAUAUCCCAUGCUCGGAUAUUCCACUUGAUCAGCAUAACGGAGUUGAUGGAAUCAUACCUACCAUAUCACUUGAGUUGGAGAAGGCUCUAAAGCUAAAGGGCACUGCUGCUUCAAAAAGGCAACAUGUUCAUGAUUGUGAGAUUGUUAGAGCAAAGAAGUUUUAUGGGUACCACUCAACAGAGGAGGCGUUUGUGAAGAUUUAUCUCUACCGUCCACAAGAUGUGUCUCGUGCUGCCAGUCUUCUUCUGGCAGGUGCUGUUCUUGGUAGAAGUUUGCAACCUUACGAGUCUCAUAUUCCUUUUAUUCUCCAGUUUCUGGUUGACUAUAAUUUGUAUGGAAUGGGUCAUGUGCAUAUAUCAAAGAUGAAGUUUCGUAGCCCAGUGCCUCACCAGUUCCAUGCAAGGAAAUUUGAUUUGGAUGAUUGUGUGGGACAAGGGAUUGACGAAGUGGCUAGUAUAAAGCAGGCAGAUUCUAGUGCUGCUGCAAACGUCAGUUUCCCUGUUUGGAGUUUGUCAACAAUCCCAGGUCAAUGGAUGUGGAAUCUCUCUGAAGAAUCUGAUACACCGUUGAGCCAGAGCCAGCAGAGUCACCAAUACAGACGUCAGAGCCUCUGUGAACUUGAGGGAGAUACUACUAUUAGUGAUAUUCUCAAUCAACAGUUGAAAAUGUACAACUCCCUCUCACAAGCCCAGUCUGAUACUAAGAUGGUUCAGUCGCUUGUGGCAGUUUGGGAGGAGGAGUAUGAAAGGACUGGCGUGUAUGAUGCACCUAUACCCCCUGAUCCUGGCAAACCCUCUGCAGCUGAUGUGCUUAAGACUAUGUCAGAUUAUAUUGGGUUUGAGAAUAUGCUAAAAGAAAUGUAUCACGAAGUUGGCAUGCCUUCGCCUGAUAUGAAGCCUGCUGCAGUGUCUUCUGACGUUUCAGAGAUGCAUGCCAAACCUGAAAUUACCGAUCCGCAGGCUUUGAGUCAUAUGGUUGGUACAGGGAGUGAGUUUCCUGCAUCAGAAAAGCUCUCUCCACUUGAUGAGAGCGGAGAAGCAUCACUGGAAAAUGAUGCGUAUAUGAAAACACCCACGGACAUAGAUAUACAUGCUGAAAUACAAGAUGCUGAAGCGUUGGGUCUCUUUAAGUGGUUUGCCUCAUCCCAGGCUGCAGAGGACAUAAACUCCGAUGAUGAAAUUCUUCGGGAAACAAUCCUUAGCCCUCUGGUUCCUUUAGCGUCUAUGAACAAGGUUCUUGAAAUGGCUAGUACAGAUUAUCUGAGCCAAUCCCAAAAGGAAUGUCAAGACAUUCUUGAUUCUCAGGAGGAUCAAAUUGACUUGGGGAGUUCGACGAAACCUGUACCUUCAUCAGACAAACAAUCUAUUGACACGGAAGUCUCUAGUGAUGUUCCCAAUAUCUCAACUUCAGAUGCAUCAUACGAAAAUUCAUUCCAGCGAUACAGAAAGAGUGAGUUACAUACGAGCUUCUCUAGGAGUAGCAAGUCUAGCAAGUCUGUAUGGGGGCCUUUACCUUUAUCCUUGACUAAAAAUCUUCAGAAGGACUUUGACAGUGCAAAUGCUAGCGAUAAGCCGGGUUUACCAAAGAUUAGUUCCGACCCCAUGAACAAUUAUACUGUUCCAGUGAAAGAACAUCAAGCAGAUGUUUGUAACACGAUUGGCGGAAGCGUUUUGGCUGGAUAUUCGCUGCGGGACUUGAUGAGGAAAAAACGAUUAGCCCUUGGGGACUCGCCUAGUUCACAACAUAAGAAGUUUAGGAAGGUUCUACCACUGACUAGAGACUCUGGGGGUGGGAAGAAAAAGGAGCGCAUGGCUACCUUGAGAUCUGAGGACAAGAAACCAGGUCCUGCUCUUUCUGCAGAAGUUAGUGAACGUUACUUUGGCGAUGCUCCUCAAAAUAUAUCUCCAACAGAUGCAGGAGAUUGUGACUUUAAUAUAUCCACUCAGUCAUCUGAACUUCAUUCCGCUGAUAAGGAAUCACAAACUGUGGAAUCAGGCAUAUUGGUGGCCGGCAAUAAACUUGUUGGGAAUGAUAUAAAUAAUGUCAAAAAAUCUGGGGAUGAGCAAGAGUCAACUGCCAAUGUAACUGUUGAGACAGGAAAGUUGAUAUGCCUAACCUUAAGCAAGAAGCCCCCUUCACUCGGUUGCCUAAGUGCUGGACUCCAGGAUUCUUCACGUGAUGGAUAUGAGGGGAAUUCCAAGGAGAUCCCAUUUUUUUCCAAGGAGGACACUGAAGUCAACGAAAAGAAACACCUUUCCCAAGGAGCUUCCCUUGGUAUUCCCUUGCAUCAUCUCAAUGACGGCUCAAGCCUUUACCUACUGACCCCUGCCUUUUCACCCCCUCCUUUGGAUUUUGUUUCACAAUGGAUAUCGAAUAACAAAGGUCCAGUGGAUGCUAGUAUUGAUUCAGAAAAACUACCGUUAGGAGAUGAUCAUGUAAUGCCUGUGUCUGAGCACGUGGAGCAGCAUGAUAACGUUUUUGUGAAUUCAGAGUUAAAUGCUUAUACGGAGUCUGAGAUAGAUCUGAAAAGCAAAGGAAAGAGUCCUAACCUUAAUUUGCAGACCACUGUUUCACAAGAGAUGUCUCAGCUCUCAGGUCCUGAUGGGAAAUCAGGGGCCACUCCCUUAAGUCAAAUUGGAUUCCGAGAUCCUGCGAGCAUGGGCGCUGGGCAACAGCUUACAGUGCUGAGCAUAGAGGUUCACGCAGAGUCUAGAGGGGACCUUCGACCUGAUCCACGAUUUGACUCUGUCAAUGUCGUAGCUCUCGUCGUGCAGAAUGAUGAUAGUUUUGCAGCUGAAGUAUUCGUACUUUUAUUUAGUCCAGAUAUCAUUUCUCAGAGAAAUGUUGAUGGUCUCUCUGGAUGCAAGUUGUCUGUCUUCCUUGAAGAGAAGCAACUAUUCAGUUAUUUUAUUGAGACUGUAUGUAAAUGGGAUCCGGAUAUUCUUGUGGGCUGGGAUAUACAGGGUGGAUCCCUUGGUUUUCUAGCUGAAAGGGCUGCACAGCUUGGUAUAAGAUUUCUCAAUAAUAUCUCCAGGACACCAACUCCAACCACGAGAAAUGAUUCAGAUAAUACGAGAAACCUUGGUAACAGUCUGCAGCCAGAUCCAUUGGUAGCUGGUCCUGAUCAAGUGGAAGAAGUGGUGAUUGAGGACGAGUGGGGCCGCACGCAUGCCAGUGGUGUUCAUGUCGGAGGUAGAAUUGUUCUCAACGCAUGGCGUUUGAUCCGCGGGGAAGUGAAACUCAACAUGUACACUAUCGAAGCUGUGUCGGAGGCUGUUUUGAGGCGGAAGAUUCCGUCGAUCCCCUAUGAAGUAUUGACACAGUGGUUCUCAAGCGGUCCUGCAGGUGCAAGAUACCGAUGCAUAGAGUAUGUGAUACGCAGAGCAAAUUUGACGCUUGAGAUAAUGAGCCAGCUUGACAUGAUAAAUCGCACCUCAGAGCUUGCUCGUGUUUUCGGCAUCGAGUUUUUCUCAGUUCUGUCACGAGGUUCCCAAUACAGAGUGGAAUCCAUGCUUCUGAGAUUAGCACAUACACAAAAUUAUCUUGCUAUUUCUCCAGGAAACCAACAGGUUGCUUCUCAGCCAGCUAUGCAGUGUGUACCUCUUGUGAUGGAACCAGAAUCUGCCUUCUACGAGGAUCCUGUUAUUGUGUUGGACUUUCAAUCGCUGUACCCUUCAAUGAUCAUAGCAUAUAAUCUGUGCUUUUGUACAUGCCUCGGAAAACUUGCACAUUUGAAGAUGAACACCCUUGGGGUCAGCUCAUACUCUCUAGACCUUGAUGUUCUUCAGGAUUUUAAUCAGAUCCUGCAGACCCCAAACAGUGUUAUGUACGAGCCACCAGAGGUGCGCAGAGGAAUACUACCGAGGCUGCUGGAGGAAAUUCUAUCUACAAGAAUAAUGGUGAAAAAAGCAAUGAAAAAAUUGACUCCUUCAGAAGCAGUUCUUGGUCGGAUAUUUAAUGCGAGGCAGCUUGCUUUAAAGCUGAUAGCAAACGUGACAUAUGGCUAUACUGCUGCUGGCUUCAGUGGUCGAAUGCCUUGUGCAGAGCUGGCAGAUAGUAUUGUCCAGUGUGGUCGUAGCACACUUGAGAAGGCUAUUUCGUUCGUCAAUGAGAAUUGGAACGCUAGAGUUGUAUAUGGCGACACAGAUAGUAUGUUUGUCCUCCUCAAAGGACGAACUGUUAAAGAAGCUUUUGAAGUCGGACAACAGAUCGCAUCUGGAAUCACCGAAAUGAAUCCAUACCCAGUCACUCUAAAGAUGGAGAAAGUCUAUCAACCUUGUUUCCUUCUCACGAAGAAGCGCUAUGUUGGGUACAGUUACGAAAGUCCCGAUCAGGACAAGCCUACGUUUGAUGCAAAAGGUAUUGAAACUGUUCGGAGAGACACUUGUGAAGCUGUUGCAAAAACUAUGGAGCAGUCACUAAGACUCUUCUUUGAAAAGAAGAACAUCUCUAUGGUUAAGUCCUACUUGUAUAGACAGUGGAAACGGAUACUACAAGGGAGAGUGUCUCUUCAAGACUUUGUCUUUGCGAAAGAAGUUCGGCUGGGGACUUAUAGCACAAGAGACUCUUCACUCCUUCCUCCAGCAGCUAUCGUUGCAACCAAGGCAAUGAGAGCGGACCCUCGGACAGAGCCACGGUACGCCGAACGAGUGCCUUAUGUUGUAAUCCAUGGGGAGCCAGGAGCUAGACUUGUUGAUAUGGUGGUGGACCCGCUGGUUCUUUUGGACAUCGAUUCGCCUUACCGAUUGAAUGACUUGUACUACAUCAACAAACAGAUUAUACCAGCGUUGCAGAGGGUAUUUGGACUUGUGGGUGCGGAUUUGAACCAGUGGUUUUUGGAGAUGCCACGUCCCACCAGAAGCUCCCUUGGACAACGUCCCUUGAACUCUAGGAACUCGCACAAAGCUAGGAUUGAUUAUUUUUAUCUCUCGAAACAUUGCCUCUUGUGUGGAGAAGUUGUUCAGGACUCUGCUCAGUUGUGUAACCGGUGCCUGAAAAAUGGUGGUGCUGCUGCAACCAUUGUUUGGAAGACUUCGAAGUUGGAGAGAGAGAUGCAACACUUAGCCACGAUAUGUAGACACUGUGGUGGGGGAGACUGGGUGGUGCAGUGCGGAGUGAAAUGCAAUUCCCUUGCGUGCUCAGUCCUUUACGAGAGACGGAAAGUUCAGAAGGAGCUUCGUGGCCUCUCCUCCAUUGCUACUGAGAGUGAGCUUUACCCUAAAUGCAUGGCUGAGUGGUUUUGA